AUGUCGACAACCAGUCCACGAAAGUCAAUCGACAGCUUAGCGUCUGGGGUUUCGUCGCCUUCAGUCUCUUUUUCAACAAGUCAGCUGGAAUCCCCACGUCUGGCCCCUCAGCGGUUCCCCCUGAGAAAGGGAUCAGUCGCGAGCUCGAUUGUGAGCAUUGGAGGUGUUUUGGAGUCUUCUUACUACCAUGGCUCUAUCUCCGAGUCUGUCGCAGAGUCUGGGCAGAAUGCCAUCUCUACUCUCCUCCAGCCCCCAAUCAUCCGCACCGGUAUGACGACCGGAAGUGCCACAUCGUCCGCCAGCUUCAAGCCCCCGUCCUCUCGUGAUAUCCCGCCAGUCACUCUGACAAAUAUCAAGCAUGUGGAUGCAAAGGCCUUCCAGCCCUAUCUCUCACAAGUGGGCAGUUUGUACGAUGUGUUUCAACAAUCAAAAGAAGACACGGGGGAGGAUGCCCUACCAGCGCAGGCUGCAAAGUCUCCGAAGCCAGAUUUCGAUCCCGAUUCGUUAAUGCCAUGGUCCUCCGAGCGGAGGCCUUCGGUCAUGUCGAUCGCUUCAAGACCGUCCUCGCCAUAUGAUACUCGCGGCCGACGCCCCUCCAGUGCCCGUGGUCGUGCCCCAGCCGUUACUCCUCUGUCCACCAUCCCUCCGGUUUAUUUCGAAGAGGGCUUCCAUCUGGAAAAUCCGCGCACGUUUGAUGUGAUAUCAGAAAAAUCAGAUGUGGUUCGGCCGCCUCGCCCGCCAACCAUAAACGGAUUAGUUGCGGAGCCGGUGCAAACUGGAAGAAAGGCACUAGCGACGAAUGCCAUUCUGCAAGAAAAGCUAUCAUGGUACAUGGAUACUGUGGAAAUCCAUCUUAUUUCGUCCAUCUCAACAGCAUCGAAAUCCUUCUUCACUGCUCUAGGAUCUCUCCGAGAAUUACACGCGGAAGCCGCAGAUUCGGUCAACCGGAUACAAAUCCUAAGAAAGGACCUGCAGAAAAUUGAUAAGGAAAUGGCUCUGGGGGGCCUCAAAAUUGUUAAUUUGAGGCGGCGAAGAGAAAACGUACGAAUGUUGGCAGCUGCCGUGGCUCAGCUUCGAGAAGUGGUCGAAUCUGUCUCUCGGUGCGAAGGAUUGGUGGAGCGUGGCGAUAUUGAGGAAGCUGCCGACGGACUCGAGGAAGUCGAAAAACUUAUGGCCGGUGAAAGGUUCCCCGACCGUGCUGGGUCGGAGAACGAGGAGGGCGGCCCCAGACGCCUUAUCGACCUGCGAGGCAUCAAGGCCCUCGAGGGGGCACCCGAUGACUUGGCACAGCUCCGCCAACGCAUUGGCAUGGGCUAUGAGACCCGGUUCUUGAAUGAUCUUUUGGGAGAUUUACGACAACAUGUUCAAACCGUACCGUCCAAUGUGACCCUACUGCGCUGGGGAAACUCCUUCAAACGACAGCGCGGUAGUCAGCGGUCUGGAGUAUCGGUAUCGCCUGCCUACUUGAAUUUUGAUAACGAGUUGCGAUCCCAAUUGAACGCCCAACUCAACGGACUCGCGCGUGCUCACUAUACGAUGCCAGCAGCGACUUCUUUCAAAACCGCUGUUUUACGAGAAAUGAAGGGUCUUAUUCGCAAACACCUGCCCAGUUCUAGUGAUGACGAUAAUGAAUCCAUGGUGUCGCUAUCAACACAUGUCGGUCCUCAGCUAAGCCAACAAGAGAAAUCAUCAAUUCUUGCUCGCAAUUUGCGUGCUCUUGACGCAGACGAUGCAUAUUCGAUGUUGGUGAAUAUAUAUACCGGCAUUAGUGAAUCACUCAGACGACUCAGUGUCCAAGUCAAAGUUCUUCUGGAUAUUGCUAGCGGCUUGGGGAAUUCACCCACUUCCGGUUUCAAAUCCCCACCUCGAAGUCCCAACCUGCAGAGCAUGGAUCAAGCUAUAAAAUCUUCACAGAUUGGACCAACAGCCUCUGACAUGGCCCAGGAUGAGAUUUUACAGGUUUUGGAUAUGUCGAGUCUGCUCGGUCAGGCUGUUGACAUCGCACAAUCCCAGAUAACAAAGGUGUUGAAGGUACGAUCUGAACAAACUGCCCAGCUGUCUAAAGAGGAAUUUCUCAGGUACUUCACGCUCAAUCGUCUGUUUGCCGACGAGUGUGAGGCCAUCUCGGGACGUAGUGGGACUGCUCUGAAGACCAUUGUCGGAAAUCAAAUCCGCGAUUUUAUUGCUCGUUUCGGUGAUAGUCAACGUCAUAAAAUUGUCAAUGUCAUGGAUGCCGAUCGGUGGGAUGCACGCGAUUUCGGAGAUGCCGAGAACACUAUUCUUACUAGGAUUCUCGAUGCCAGCACCAAGGACAUCGACGCCUGGAUCGAAGUUCCUAAGAUAUGGAUACCAUUUCCUAGAAGUGAGCAAGAGAAACCUGCAGAUAACGCCGCUGAAAAUGGCACAGACAAGUCCAAGGUUCGCAGUGCAGUCAUCGACGAACAGAAAUACAUUCUGCCUGACUCGGCUGUUGCUAUUAUGCGCAGCAUUGAGGAGUUCGAUUUCCUCAUGUCGAACAUCCCCACCAUGAUCCAGGAUAUUGCGCCGCACCUACUAGAUAUCCUGAAACUGUUCAACUCGCGGUCAUCGCAGUUGAUCCUUGGGGCCGGCGCCACACGUAGUGCAGGCCUGAAAAAUAUCACAACUAAGCAUCUCGCGCUGUCAUCACAAGCGUUGAGCUUUGUUAUUGCUUUAGUCCCGUAUGUACGGGAAUUUGUCCGUCGCCACGGACCGACCAACCCCUUGAUGGCGGAGUUCGACAAAGUCAAGCGACUAUGCCAGGAGCACCAGAGUGGCAUUCACGAGAAGCUGGUGGAUAUCAUGGGCUCGCGCUCUUCGGUUCACGUGAACGCAAUGAAGAAAAUCGACUGGAAUUUCAAGGGAGCCACUCCGGCUGUGAAUCCUUAUAUGGAAACCCUGGCCAAGGAGACGGGCACUCUGCAUCGCGUCCUGAGCAAACAUCUCCCAGACAUGACAGUUAGCAUGAUCAUGAUGCCCGUAUUCAACAGCUAUCGUGAUCAAUGGACGAAGGCCUUCCAGGAGGCCGAUGUGCAGACAGAGGCUGGAACGAAGAGAAUGCAAGCCGACGUCGAGCAUUUCCGAGCUAAACUGAGCAAAAUCGAAGGCGCCAGUGAGGUUGGCGACAAGCUCCUCGAAGUGGUGCGAGCCAAGAUCAAUACCAUUACCAAUGAAUCAGUGAAGUCCCAGACGAGUGAGAGGCAAAAAGAUCAGGACGAUGGCUCUGAUUCCACCAAGUCCUGA